GUAGGCGUGAAUGCAAGUCAUAGUUGUCAAUCUGACAGCUGAUCGAGAUACGCCAUUUUCGUAGAUUUUUGUCUCAAAUUUAUGUGAUUCUUCAAAAGAAUCACUUAAUACCUUGGUCAUCAUAGAUUUAAGUCCUUCCAAUAAAGAUGACGAGUGGAAUGCCAGAAUUGGGCUCCAAAAUAAGUCUGGUAUCGAAGGCAGAUAUCCGAUAUGAAGGAAGAUUAUUCACCGUCGAUCCUCAAGAAUGUACAAUAGCUUUGGCGUCCGUACGUUCGUUUGGAACUGAAGAUAGAGAAACGCCAUGUCCUAUUCCCGCUCAAAACCAAGUAUAUGAAUACAUACUGUUUCGAGGUUCCGACAUCAAGGACAUUCGAAUAGUGGAGAAUCCACACCCCCAGCCUCUAAAUGACCCCGCGAUCAUGCAGUUAUCGGUGCCGCCGAGCUUGGCGGGACCUCAGCCGUUCCAGCAACACCCCAUAUUGGGGCACAUGGGGCACAACCCUUAUGGAACUUUUCUGCCCAUGGGUGGACUGACUGCCAACGCGGCCCCAGGACUGCAAGCUGUGGGAAUGAGCAGGGUAGGACCGCCGCCCGGUUCAAAGCCAAGUGAGUUGAUAAUUCCAACUACAGGGGGGCCCCCUCCCGACGUGGGGUUCGCGCCCCCUUCGAUAUUGUCGCCCCCUCCUCCUUCUGCGGGCGAUCAGACGAGGCCUAUCGAGCACCCCGGUUCUGUUUUAGAUUUGAUUGGAGGUGGAGCAAAUAGUCGCAGCACUACUCCUGUCUCAAUCGGUUCUCGAAAGUCCAUUUCCGUUGACCAAGGUACUCAGGCUGGAGGUAGCCAACAAAAGGAUGGAAAUAAAAGACAAGUUAAACCGAUCCAACCACCCAAAGGCCAGCAACAAAGGAACAAGUCCAGAGAAAGAAAUAAUCAGAAUAGAAAUGAUAAUCAGGAUCAUAGAUCUCAGUACUCUCAACAGCAUCAGUACAAUCAGGGUUACCAACACAACAGAGGUCGCCCGCAACACCAAAACAACCAACAAAUGACAUAUCAGCACCAGCAGAGAGGUCCAGCUGGAGGUUGGAUUAACAAUCAGAGGAAUAUGCCAGCCAGGGGAAGAGGCAGACCUAGAGGAGGUCCAUUUAGGCCUGGUGGUCAAUCUGGACAGUUAGGUAGCAAGAAGACCACACUGAAAUUUGAUAACGAUUAUGAUUUUGAGCAAGCCAACACGGAAUUUGAGGAACUGAAGAAUAAACUGGCAAAGGUGAAGCUCGAUGAAGCGGGCAGUUCAAAAAGUGAGGUCAACGGCGAGGCGGCGCCGGUUGAACCCGUCGACAAGAAGGACGACUCGGGCAACGAGACCGGAGCAGGCGAGACUGAGCAGGACGAGGACCAUGAAGUCUACUACGACAAGAGCAAGUCGUUCUUCGACAAGAUCUCAUGCGAGGCAGUGGAAAGGGCCAAGGGCAAGAUGCAGCGGACGGACUGGCGCAAGGAGCGCAAGCUCAAUUCGGAGACGUUCGGAGUUGCGGCCACCAGGCGGGGAAGUUAUAGGGGUCGAGGAGGUUUUAGGGGCGGAUAUCGUGGUGGUUUCCGGGGAAACUACAGACAACCAAAUCAGCCACAACGCAGAAGCAACAACGAGCAACAGCAGAACAGUAGUCAACAGAACCAACAAGGCCCCUCCUCCUCCUCAUCCUUCACCGGUCCGCUUUACUGCCCUCUCUCGAACGAGGAGGCCCUAGCGAAAAUAAAGCAACAGCAGCUGGAGGAAGCGGCCAAGAAGGCGGCGGCCGCGGUGGCCACCGCGCAUCCGCAGGACGGCACAGACCAGCCGGAAGGGGCCGACAUGGCGCAGGCCGCCAAGCUCGGUCUGUGUGACGCAAUAACCAUAGAGGCCGCUGCGGCUGCUAGCACUACCGUGAAAGACGUGGCGUUGGUGUUGAAUAAUGUCGAGGAAAAAGGUUCCUCUUGUCUAGAGAAGGAAGCAGACGAGACGGAGACGAAAGCAAACGAUCCUCCCGCGUGUAUGGGUCAGGUGACUGUGAAACCAUGAUCUGACAAGUAAAUAACUGGCCAACUGACACAGGAGUUUUAGAACACGUACUAUUCGACCGACGGACGACGAAAGUAGGAAUCUCCUCCGAUUCAGUUUGUACCAGUUGACUGUGAUGGGACCGACAAAAAUGAAAAGAGAGUGAACUUUAAAAAAACUAACAUUAUGUUCGAUUAGUCACCAUAAAAAAGAGACGAAAAAACGGUCCGCGCAAAAAUAUUUCGAAGCGCUCUAGUUCGUGUGUCGUGCUUUUCCACAUUUCCUGGUGUCAGUAUUAACUUGUAGGUUAGAUGUAAUAAUGUACCUUAAGUGAUAAUAUUUUUAUUUUAUAUAAAGAAAACCCAUAAAAUGGCAGGAUAAGAAUCAUUGUAUAUUUUUACUGCUGCCGUUAGAAAUUAUUAUUUUGUUUCUUUUAUACUGCAUAGCUUUUACAGAUCGGUUAGGAGAACACGUGCGGGAUAGAAUUAUAAUUUAGUUUUUUUUGGUUAAUUUAUGAUUGGAAAAUGUUUUAAACGAGGCAAAAAAUUUCAGUUGUGUGAUGAUAGGUUCUAACUGGUCGACCGCUCCAUUGUUGUAAUUUAUUAUUUUUGUUAAAAAUAAAAGGACUAAAUGGACUUUGUAAUUUAAAUAAAUUUUUGAAAUAAAAUAAAAACCCCCUUCAUUCAAA